GCCAGCCAAUCGGCGGCGACCCUGCGGCGGCAGACAGGCUGACGUCAGCGCCGUCUGGCUCGCGCAGCGCGCUGCGCUAGGAAGGAGAAGAGCGCUGGAGGAGGAAGAAGAAAAAACUCCCGGCACGCUGGUGGAAAGGGGUCACGAACUAUGACCUUUCACAGAAGAAAAACAAUAACAAAUACUUUUUGAGAAAAAAAAUCCCGAGAUCCAGAAAUCUGCGUCGUUUAUCCCGUGAGGUCCUCACAGUAUAGACCUCACCUUAAGACUCCUUAGUGAUGAGUGGCUCCCCACAGCGCAUCCAGAUAAUCUCCACUGAUUCUGCUGUCACCACACCACAGCACAUACAGAUUGUAACUGACCAGCAGACGGGCCAGAAGAUCCAGAUUGUCACGGCAGUGGAUCCAACCAGCACCUCCAAGCAGCAGUUUAUUCUAGCAUCUCCAGAUGGGUCCACUGCCAGUAAGGUCAUCCUGGCCUCACCUGAGGCACAGAACACAAAGCAGCUUAUUUUUACAACAGCCGACAGUAUUGUUCCUGGCAGGAUACAGAUUGUGACAGAUGCAGCGUCAGUGGAACGUCUUCUUGGGAAGACAGGGGAUGCAGGACGGCCGCAGCCUGUCGAAUACUGUGUUGUCUGUGGGGACAAGGCUUCAGGACGUCACUACGGUGCUGUGAGCUGUGAAGGCUGCAAGGGCUUCUUCAAGAGGAGCGUGAGGAAGAACCUGACCUACAGUUGCCGUAGCAACCAGGAUUGCAUUGUCAACAAGCACCACCGUAAUCGCUGUCAGUUCUGCCGUUUGAGGAAGUGUCUGGAGAUGGGAAUGAAGAUGGAGUCCGUGCAGAGUGAAAGGAAGCCUAUUGACCUGCCAAGGGAAAAGCCAGCAAACUGCGCUGCAUCCACUGAGAAAAUAUACAUCAGGAAGGAUCUGCGGAGCCCCCUCAUCGCCACACCCACCUUCAUAACAGACAAAGAUGGCUCCAGAUCUAGCCUCCUUGACCCAGGGAUGCUGGUGAACAUCCAGCAGCCUUUAAUGCAAGCUGAUGGAACAUUACUUUUGGCUGCAGAAGCAAAGGCGGAAUCAAGCCAAGGUGACUUGGGGACGCUUGCCAAUGUUGUGACCUCUCUCGCCAAUUUCAAUGAGUCCCUGAAUAAUGGCGACACUGCAGACAUCCAGCAGGAGGAGCAGUCUGCAAGCGAAAUAACACGUGCCUUCGACACCCUGGCCAAAGCCCUCAACCCCACAGAUGGCAGUGAAGGGCGAAACCUGGUUGAGGGCAUUGACGGUGCGGGUGGGGCCACCAUCCAGGUGAUCAGCCGGGACCAGGCCACACCCAUCAUGGAGGUGGAGGGGCCACUUCUCACCGACACUCAUGUUAGUUUUAAGCUGACCAUGCCAAGCCCCAUGCCAGAGUACCUGAAUGUUCACUACAUCUGUGAGUCAGCGUCCCGUCUGCUCUUCCUUUCCAUGCACUGGGCACGUUCUAUUCCUGCCUUCCAGGCCCUCGGUCAGGAUUGUAACACCAGCCUGGUGCGUGCCUGCUGGAAUGAGCUCUUCACACUGGGCUUGGCGCAGUGCUCUCAGGUCAUGAGCCUCUCCACCAUCCUGGCGGCCAUCGUCAACCACCUGCAGAGCAGCAUGCAGGAUGACAAGCUGUCUGGAGACCGCAUCAAGCUGGUGAUGGAGCACAUUUGGAAGCUGCAGGAGUUCUGUAACAGCAUGGCAAAGCUGGAGACGGAUGGCUACGAAUACGCCUACCUGAAGGCCAUCGUGUUGUUCAGCCCUGACCACCCAGGCCUGAGCAACACAAGCCAGAUAGAAAAGUUCCAAGAGAAGGCCCAGAUGGAGCUUCAGGAUUAUGUGCAGAAGACCUAUCCCGAUGACACUUAUAGGUUGGCCCGCAUCCUGGUACGUCUGCCUGCCUUACGUCUGAUGAGCUCCAGCAUCACGGAGGAGCUCUUCUUUACGGGUCUCAUCGGGAAUGUUCCCAUCGACAGCAUCAUCCCCUACAUCCUGAAGAUGGAGACGGCAGAGUACAACAGCCAGAUCACCGGCACUUCAGCGUGACCCGCGCCCAACGGAUGUGAGCCGCCCUUUGAUGCUCGUCCUCUUUGCCCUUGUUUUUAAGCUGGUCUCCGAUUGGGUUUUGGUCAUUUCAAACUAAUGAGAAAAAGGAAGCUCGUUACGGCUCUGUUGUAAGGCGCCCGCAGCUGUCGCAGUGACCUGGCUUCAGAACUGAGAAGCUACCUGACGGAGAGGUGCAAAUGCAGCUGUUGACCCUGUUUCUUUUGUAUGAACCGUUGCUCUUCUUAAGCAGCACGCAAAGCCGGCUCUUUACAGUUUGCCUUUCAUUUUUUCAUUUUUGUCCAUACUUUAUAUUUUGUUGCAGCACUUCAGCAAAUGUUGGCAGCAAAAGCAUGUUAGCUUUACCUUUUCAGUUGAAGACCUUUAAAACAUUCAUUAAAAUACCAUGAUCAUCAUCUCAUAUUCUGCUUUACUAUGCGAUCGUAAUUCCUUACUGACAUCAUGUCAUUAUACAAGAAGAUAUGUCUGCAGAAUGGUCUCGUUGUUCAUUCAGAUGUUCAUCCAAAGUAUCUUUGGCUAUAUUUUGAAAAUGGUCAAUGUCACCAAGACAUUAAAUGCAGAUGUCUUAAUUUAACUUGGCUUAGCCUUUUCAGAAAUCAGUUGUACUCUGAGUUAGAUUGUGCUAUGUGAACUUUGUACUCAUGUGCUUUAUUUUCUGCAAAGAUAUAAAUAUUCUGCUCGUAUCUGCUCAAGAUGUAAAAUAAGCCUGGCACUUUGUCUUUAAAUUCAAUUCAGUUUAUUAUUAUAGAGUGCUCUUCUCACACAGUGACACAGAGCACUGAACAAAGGAUCAAGAACAGUAGUAACAUAAAUAAAAGGUUAGCUCUGCAUGAACUCACUAUAACUAUUCUACCUUGUAAAGCUAUAAAAUAGGCCAAAUGGUGACGGAAAGGAAAACAAAAAAUCCCAGUCAAAAGGCAAGGGAGAAAUAUUGCACACUAGGUACUUUGACUUACUCAGUGCAUACCGUAUGAACCAUUUUAAUAAACCUAGAGAUUAAGAUUAAUAAAAUAAUUUUCCUGUUCCUGUCCUACUCCCAUACCAUUAUGUGCGACAUGAAAGUUUGUCAUAUUGUAAUCAUGUUAUGGUGGUAUAUUGCAUAAAAGUGUGUGCUGAAAUAAUUAUGGACACAGAUACUCAGUAACUCUUGAAAAUUAUACCACUGGUGCUGUUAAAAUGAUGCUGUCCUUAGCCAGGAAUGGUUUAGAACAGAAACCUUUCUAAUAGUCAUUACAGUAAAAAGUUGUUACUUACAGUGCAGGGAUUAACAGUUCUCAUUAUAAUUUUUCAUGUGUGCAAUCUAACCCUGGCAUUGCCCCACUGCCAUGCUGUCAUGACAAUCAAGCACUGUGUGAGAUGCACCCAUAACAUCUUUUUGCAUUUAUUUAUUGUAUCUGGUGUUUUCUUCAUUUGCUCAAAGAGAAAAUAUGCAGUAGAUAUUAAGGCUCAUGUGAGCCGUGGUACAGUGAAACGGAUCUGUUCUAUCAUGGCUUCCCCAUGGAUGGCUAACACUCUGGGUCUUACGUGAAUGCGUUUUUAAUUAUUUUUUCUUAAUUAAAAACAUCCUGCUUUCAGUGUAUUUCCCUAAGUACAAUGUUGUAAAUAAAGUAUGUGCUCUGUUUUACUGAAAGGUGAGCAUUCUGCUAUUAAUACUGUUGGCUUUUGCAUUUAACAUUUUGUUAAUUAAUGGCACAUAACUAUGAGGUUUCUACUGCACGCUGAGCACUGACAUAUGAUUUUAACUGUGUAUAUUUAUACUUUUAAAGCUAUUGAUUCGUCUUACUUAAGUGCUGUUUUUUAUCUGUACAGGAAAUGUACUUUAAGUACCAGUGCGGAAUCCUGCAGUUUGACAUGGAAUAAAGAAAAUAAAGCCAUGUCUGUAAAAUCCAGAUUUUCAGCUAAAAAGAGCUAAUGUAUAUCUUAACUUUUAAAAAAAAAAAAUGUGUAUAUUCUUUGAUUUCUGGGUUUUAAACCUGCCAAGACUGUUGCGUAUAACUCUUCUUUUAUGUGAAAUGGGCUUUGUACUGUACAUGUAAUUUCAUUAAAAUGAGUGCAUGUUUUUUUAUCUUAAAGUUUUAUAUCUUCUCAGUGUCAUCAAUCUUGAAGAAAAGUGGCAUUGUUUUUUUUUGUAUAUAAAGCAUCGCAGUGCAUGAUGUAGCUUAUGCAUUUUAUUAAAUGCUGUUAAAAUGUGGAGUUAUGUUGUGGCUAAAAAAAUUCCUACCAUGCAGAGCAGUUUAUAUAAUUAAAUUACA